AUGUAUGGUGGCUCUUUCUCCUCCUCUGGUUCUUCCAGCUUGUCGUUCGUAGUAGUAGUAGUAGCUGAUUCCUCGUUUGAUCCAUCUUUCUCAUCAUCAUCCUGUGUCGUCGUUGAUGCCGUUGAUGUUGUGGAUGUCGUUGAAGUAGUUGUUGUUGAUGUUGUAGUUGGCGCUGUGUAUUGGAUAUCAUCCUCCUCGAUCACUUUCUUCUUUGGAUGGAAUGAUGAAAGGUCCAAUAAACUGGUGAGCAACAAGUCAACACAGUCAUCUUCAUACAUCAAGUCUGAUCCAACUAUCAUAUCAUAA